AUGUCGUCCCCUGCGCGUGCGCCGGCACCGCCCAUACCCGCCGGCGCGGGCACACUCCCCCCAGGGCCUGGCCCUUCACGCCAACGAUCCCUCAAGGACAGGCUCAAAGAGGGAAUAACUGGACCCUUUCAUUGGCAGCAUUUUGGUGAUGGGUAUCCUGAUCUCGUCAUCAGUCACUACUGGUACUUCCACUUCAAUAGCUCGCCAAGGACUUGCCUCGACUGCUCGAUAGCCAAAGAGUGCGCACGAGGUGGUAAUAGAGGCGAUACCACACUUUUUAAUAACAUCAUCUACAUAAUCUAA